AUGGCUAAGGUUUCCACCCUUCUCUUAUCGGCCGCCACCCUUGGCAUAUUAAAAUACGCCCCUCCCGAAUAUCUCGCCCCGCUUAUCGACCUUCUUUCGAAAACGCCGGCUACUCCACAGAGAAUUUUAUCGUGCGUUCAGUUUUUUGCAUGGUUUAAAUUACUCACUGGGGUGACAUCGAAUAUCAAUUCGUAUUUUUCGUGGAAGAAGGAGAAUAAUUGGGUUACAGAUGAUAAAUAUGACUGGGACAAAGAGGUGGUGAUGAUUACGGGUGGUAGUGGGGGACUAGGGGAGCAGAUGGCGAUUCAAUUUGCGGAAAAGGGGGUUACGGUUGUGGUUAUUGAUGUGAAUCCGGUUAGGGACGAGGUUUUAGAGAAAUACAAAACGAUCUCCUUCUUCUCUUGCGACAUCUCCGACUUCACAGCCCUUUCAGCAACGGCUGCUGAAAUUCGCAAAGCCCAUGGCGAUCCAACAGUCAUCAUCCUCAACGCCGCAAUUGCGAAUCUUGGUCCUCUCCUCUCGACUCCAGUUGCACAGUCUCAAAAGUUGAUUAACAUCAAUCUAACCUCUCACAUCGCCAUGAUCCAUGAAUUCCUCCCGUCAAUGAUCAAGAGUAACCACGGACAUGUAAUGUUCGUCGCCAGCAUGUGUUCUUAUCUUUCAAUAGCUGGGUUGGCGGAUUAUUGUGCGACCAAAGCUGGUACGCUGGCAUAUUAUGAAGCACUCAGGCAAGAGUUGAGACAUGAAUACAAAGCUCCGAAGGUCAGAACGAGUAUUGUGCAUCCUACUUGGAUGAGGACGAAAAUUGUACCUUUUGAAACUGUUGAGAAGAGCGGAGAGAUUAGGGUUCAAAAAAGGUUGUUCUAUGGGGUUGAGAAGACAGCAAAGAUCGCAGUGCAAAAGGUGUUCAGUGGGUAUGGAGGGAGGGUAAUUGUACCGGAUGUUUGGCAGAUGAGGGCUAUGAUUGGGCUAAGGACGUGGUCGAUCUGGGCACAAGAGUCUCUUCGGGACUAUGUUAGACUCAUUGGGCAAUAA